CUUGUUCCCUCUCUUCCCACAGAAAAUCACAGCACCUCUUAUCUAUGCUGUUUGCAUUGCUGCCAUCGGAUCUCUCCAGUUUGGGUACAACACUGGUGUAAUUAAUGCACCUGAGAAGAUCAUUCGGAAGUUUUUCAACAAAACCCUGUCAGAAAGGAGUGGGAGUGCUGUCUCCCAAGAACUGCUCACCUCUCUAUGGUCACUUUCUGUGGCCAUCUUCUCAGUAGGAGGCAUGAUUGGCUCCUUCUCAGUCAGUCUGUUUGUAAACAGAUUUGGCAGGAGGAACUCCAUGCUGUUGGUGAAUGUCUUGGCCUUUACUGGUGGCCUUCUCAUGGCCUUCUCUAAGGCAGCAAAGGCAGUGGAGAUGUUGAUUAUCGGCCGCUUCGUUAUUGGUACCUUCUGUGGCCUCUGCACCGGUUUUGUACCCAUGUACAUCAGUGAGGUCUCGCCCACCAGCGUCCGCGGAGCCUUCGGCACCCUCAACCAGCUGGGCAUUGUUGUGGGCAUCCUGGUGGCUCAGAUCUUUGGGCUGGAGGCAAUCAUGGGCACUGAAGGACUUUGGCCGAUGCUUUUGGGGUUCACAGUCCUCCCAGCAAUUGUGCAGUGCAUAGGUCUGUUAUUCUGCCCUGAAAGCCCCCGUUUCCUAUUGAUCAACAAGAUGGAGGAGGAGAAAGCCGAAGCAGUUCUCCAGAAGCUCCGUGGAGAUCGAGAUGUGUCUCAAGACAUCCAGGAGAUGAAAGAAGAAAGUGCUAAAAUGUCCCAAGAAAAGAAGGCAACUGUGCCAGAGCUCUUCCGCUCUCCAAACUACCGUCAAGCCAUUAUCAUUGCCAUCAUGCUGCAACUCUCCCAGCAACUCUCAGGAAUCAAUGCUGUAUUCUAUUAUUCUACAGGGAUUUUUGAAAGAGCUGGUAUCACACAGCCUGUCUAUGCCACCAUUGGGGCUGGCGUGGUAAACACAGUCUUCACUGUGGUGUCGCUGUUCCUGGUGGAGCGUGCAGGGCGCCGGACUCUCCAUUUAAUUGGUUUGGCUGGCAUGGCUGUGUGUGCUGCUAUUAUGACUGUAGCUUUAGCUCUAAAGGACAUUGUGGACUGGAUCAGAUACAUCAGCAUUGUUGCCACUUUUGGCUUUGUGGCUCUCUUUGAGAUUGGCCCUGGCCCUAUCCCUUGGUUCAUUGUGGCAGAACUCUUCAGCCAGGGCCCACGACCUGCAGCCAUGGCAGUGGCUGGUUGUUCCAAUUGGACCUCUAAUUUCUUGGUGGGAAUGCUCUUCCCCUAUGCAGAGAAACUAUGUGGCUCCUAUGUCUUCCUCAUCUUCCUUGUUUUCCUGGUCAUCUUCUUUGUCUUCACCUUCUUCAAAGUGCCAGAGACCAAGGGCAGGACUUUUGAAGACAUCUCCAGGGGCUUUGAAGGACGAGGAAACGCUGCCUCAUCACCCCAGAAGACGCCCAUGGUGGAGCUGAACAGCAAAUAAGCUGGCAAAACAGCUGCCUAAGAUCCGUGACACACCCAUUCUUUAACUCGUUCAUGCUUAAAGAGUCAUUAAAGGAAUGAGCAAAGAAAACCAUGA